CAGCUUGUACCGCUCUCUUUAGUAGUGGAAACGAUAGCUCCCGUUGUGUGAGAGACGCAAUCACAACUCACAUCGCCAUCUGAUUUUUGAUUCUCGGAUUUAAUACUUUUAAAGAAGUUUACAAGGCGCGGGCGCUCACUUCUGGAGUUUAUAACUGGGCAUGAAAGUGGAGCGGACGCCUCAAACAAAGUAAAAGAGGAGAUAGAUCUGUAAGUUUGAUGGCUGCUGGGGAUGGAGCCCAGCUGCCGGCCACAGUAGCGGCCAGCCGGAGCGUGGAGAAGGCGCUCGAGGAGGCUGCCGCUAGCGGGGCUCUGAACUUGUCCAACCGAAAACUGAAGGAGUUCCCCCGGAGCGCCAGGAACUACGACCUGUCCGACAUUACACAUGCAGAUCUGGCUAAGAACCGUCUGUGUGAGCUGCCGGAGGAGCUCUGUCAGUUCAUCUCUCUGGAGACGCUGAGCCUUUACCACAAUGGGAUGCGUUCGCUGUCCUCCAGCCUGGGCAACCUCCAGGCCCUCACCUACCUCAACCUCAGUCGUAAUCUUCUGUCCAGUUUACCCCCGUCGGUGUUUCAGCUUCCCCUCCUGCGAGUGCUCAUCGUCAGCAACAACAAGCUGUGUUCACUGCCUGCAUCCAUAUACGCCCUCACACACCUCCGCCAGCUGGAUGUCAGCUGUAAUGAGCUGCAGUGUUUACCAGCAGAGCUCGGCCAGCUAGAGUGUCUGAGGGACUUAAACUUGAGGAGGAACCAGCUCACCUCUUUGCCUGAAGAAAUAUCCGAGCUCCCCCUUGUUCGUCUCGAUGUGUCCUGCAACCGCAUUUCCCAGGUUCCCUUGUGCUACCGCCACCUCCGGCACCUCCAGAGCAUCUCACUAGACAACAACCCGCUGCAGAUGCCACCUGCACAGAUCUGCUCCAAGGGCAAAUACCACAUCUUCAAGUACCUCAACAUGGAGGCCUGCAAGAGGAGCCAGGAGGAGCUGGAGAGACACCUGAGGCCCACUGGAUUUAACAGCUGUCUGUCAGACCAGGAGCUGUUCACAGGUCAGUUUGGAGGGCUAGAUUCUGGGUUCAACAGUGUGGACAGCGGCAGCAAACGGUGGUCUGGGAAUGAGUCAGCAGAUGACUUCUCAGAGCGUUCCCUUCGCAUGGCCGAGGUCAGCAGAGACCAGAGGAAUCUGGAGGAGGAGGAAGAGGAGGAUGGAUCUCCUCUGGAAGCUAACAAGGUGAAUGGAGAGGCUGAGCAUGUGGACUUCAUCGACAGCAGCGUGACAGAGGAGGAGGAGAUCAGGAUAGAUCCACCCACACCUCCUCUCACAGCACCUUCUCUGGAACCAAAGGAGAGCUAUUCACUGCCCCAAACCCAGGACUCAACAAUAAGCAGGUCUAGCCUCGAUGUGGUGGUGGGCCCCCCAUCAUCAACCUCAUCCUCUCCCCUGUCCCCCUCCAGCCCCACGCUGGAGGAGCGGAAGAGGCCGGGCACCCUGUUCAUCUGGCAGGAGAGAGAGCGUCUGCAGCAGCAGAGAGAAAAGGCCAGUUUGCUGAAGUCAUCCUCCAAAGCAGGAAGUCUUGCAGCCACCGCACCACCGACAGGAAGUAGCUCGGCUGGUGCAUCUCCAGAGAACAGCAGCUCUAACUCAGGCCUUCGGCAGCGAUGUGCAAGCGCUGACCAGAUGAGCACAGUGUGUACAACACUUCUACAGCGUUCCAGCAGCAGAACAGAUGUCCCUUCCUCCCCGAAGACUUCCCCUCCACCCGGCCAGGCACAGAAACCCAACAGCUUCCUGUUCCGCACCUCCUCCCGCAGCAACGUCAGACCCACAGGGUCCAUCUUUACUCUUGGUGAGUCUGGCAGAAGUGAGUCUCGCACGAUGUUGCGCUCUCCGAAAGAGGAGAGACAAGACAUCAAACAGCUACGCAAGACUUUGGAGUCUCGGCUGAAGAUCACUCUGCCGGAGGAUCUGGGCGAGGCCUUGUCUAACGGCACCACCCUCUGCCAGCUGGUCAAUCAGAUUCGACCGCGCUCCGUGUCAAUCAUCCACAUUCCCUCCCCAGCAGUGCCAAAGCUGAGCUCAGCAAAGUGUCGACUCAACGUGGAAAACUUCAUUGCUGCUUGUCGCAAGCUGGGAGUCCCUGAGAGGGACGUGUGUGUGUGCUCUGAUGUGCUUCUGUGCAAGCUGCCCGCUGUGCUGCGCUGUGUGACGGCCCUGCUGGCCGUGGAGGGGGGGGAGACGGCGGAGGACCAGUCCCCCCGCCACUCCUCGCCUUCGUCGUCAUCAUCCUCGUCCUCAUCCUCGUCCUCGUCCUCCUCUUCCUCCUCCUCGCUGCUGUCCACAGAUUUCCUGCUCUUCUACUGUGCCGCCAUGGCCCUGCUCUACGUCCUCUACUGCUACCUGCUCACCUAGAGGGGCCACACACAACACACAUUACUUAAAUAUUCACACGACUGUCCAGCUGCUGAACACACACACACACACACACACACACACACACACACACACACACGCGCGCGGCUACAGUUGUAGAGUUUGAGGCUAGCACACACAGUUGUCAUCUCAGACAUGACUCAGCAGUGUGUGUGUGUGUGUGUGUGUGUGUGUUUUCAGUACCCUUCAGGGCUGUAGAGCAGCUGUCCCAGGAGUGUCUGUUGACUGUCCACAGCUGCACUGGUUGGAUGUUAGAGCAAUAGAGAGCAUUCAGCCGAGCACCUUUAAGCCACAAACAGAAUACACUACAGAGCCACAGCUCUUCAUUUAGACACUUAGAGGAAUAGAAAGCACUACACUGAUGGACAAAUACUGUUUGGGAGCAAUUAAACAGAGAAAUGCCUUAGCUUAGUUUAGCCCUCACUCUGUAACGCACAGCACGUUUGGAGGAGAUGUGAGGUUUUGGUCUAAGGCAGAGCUGCCCCACAGGCAGAAACAAUCUCAUUGGUUGAGACAUGAAUGGGCGGAGCAAAGGAACCACACCCUCAGUUGAAUCCCAGGGACACACUUUCCCUGCACGGCCAUAGACAAACAGCUGCAGCGGGAGCUUCGUUAAUGGUGUACUUGCGUGCUUUGCGUGUACAUGGAAGGUUGGAGCCACUAAGGAGCUGAUCAGGCCCCGUCAUUCCUGGCUUACACCUGAAUACCUUGAGAAUUUCUAAUUCGGCACAUUGUAAAAAUCCCUAAACAUGGUGACACUUGAGGUGAUUACUGUAUUGUUAAUGUUGGGACCACAGCAGAAAAGGCACACAAGGGAACAAGCCCUGGUGUUCCACCAAUGUCGUCGUCGUCUGCUCAGAGUUGCUGCUGACCUAACUUGUAUACAUUCACUGUAUGUUUAUUCGUUCAUUUCUGAGGAUGCACGUGAUCAACACUCUACAGGAGGGGAUGCAGGGUAGCCUUAAUGUGCAUAAGAAGGCCUAGUUGAACUUGAAACUUCAUUCAUAGAUUUUUUUUUUUUUUUUGGUGUUACUUUUUGACCACUAGCUCUGGUUUGGGCUUCACCAACUCUUGAGAAAAACAUGUCUCUUUAGCUGCUAAAUGCUUCACUAUGUUCACUAUAAUGCCCCCUCUCAUUUCAUACCUAAUCCCCAAGUUAGUCAAACAGGUUUUGAAGAGAAAAGAAAGUUAUAAACAUCCAUCACAGUUUACAGAUUAACCUCCCUAACAUUAGUACAUUGUAUGCUUUUUAGUGUGUAUGGAAUUGGGAAACCGUGAUAAAUCUCAGGAGGUCAACAGACUAGUUAAAUAGCUUACCUAAAUGCUGAAGUUACUAGUUAUUACAAAAUGCAGUUAGCUAACAUAAAUAUUCUUUCUCAGCAUCACUCAGCCGGAGGGUCUGUGGUUCUUUAGCUCUGCUCACCAAGUUUAAACUUGAGAUUAUCUGCGUUCACAGCAGCUCCACCUCUGACACAUAUUCAGACUCGUACUCCAGUCUGCGCGUUUGCCUCUCAUCCUGAGAGAGAAGCUGUUGAAGUAACCUGAGACUAAACUGUGAAUGUGAUUUUUAGCCUUGAGACAGAUGCAAGUUAUUGAAAUGUGGAACCGGGAUGUUAAGAGAUGUUAUUUCUUACACAACAAUGUGACAGUGAGACGAAUGAUAAGUGUGCCUCUUACUGAACUCUGACCACUCGCAGACUGCUCUUCUUUUGUUGUCUGCUAUGUUAGCUGUGAGCAGCAGGGGGCGAUGUCGCUGCAUCAGUCCCCCUCCAGGCCUCAUGUGUCCAAACUGACGGUACAAACCCCCCCCUGCAUGAGGUCUUUUGUUGGCACUGGUACUUUUCGACCAGCUGACAUCAUGUUUGUAUAAAUGUAAACAGGUUAUUAACUUAUUGCGUUUUUAUUUAUUUUGGAUUCUGUUCUGUUAUUUUUGUUUCUGUGUUGAAACAGCAGAGGCUUCACCAAUUUAGUUAAGCCUGUAAGCUAAUAGUUUUAAACGCCUCAUAAGGCUUUGUGAAAUCUAUGUGUGGGCUUUAAAUCACACACUGGUAAAUUAGAUGUAAUCAAUAUUCAAUUAUUCAGAGUUAAAAUAACAUUAAUUUAAAAAGUUUUUCCCCUUCAUUGGAUUGGUAAUUGAUUUCCUAGAGGCUACACGUUAAACAGAGCAUCAACGGCCUCUGCUGUUUCUGCCACACGCUGUGUCUGGCGUUUUGCUCAUAGAAGGUUAAUGUCUGCAACUAAACACAAAUUGGAAUCUGAUUAUAAUGCUUGACUGAUGUGGGGCUUGAAAGCCAAUAUCAAUAGUGAGAUUUUGGGCUUCUGCUGCUAAACUGUGGAAAUUCACAUUAUUUAUUGUUUUUAAUCUUAUCAAGGUCUCUUAAGCAACAUUUAAACCGUUAUGGGAAAGUAAAACUUUCUACUGAAACUCAAAUGAACUAAAAGCAGGGGACCAACAUAAUUUGGUCAUAGGGAAAACUUCACAAACUGUUGUACUGUGGUACAGAGAAAGCAACAAAAUAAUAUUGGAGGUAAACAUUUAUGAUUUUCUCCACAUCAGCUAUAUGGUAUAACCCUACUGAGUAGUUACCCAGUACUGAUCCUGUUAAAAUAUGAUGCCCCAAGUCUUCAAUAUUAAAAAAAUAAUUUAUGAAAUCAGUUAUCAUAUGCAUAAAUUGUGUAAAAUAUAAAUGAACCCAUAAUUUAACUCUUUUUAUUUAGUUUAACAUAGCUACAUGCUACCUAUCUAGCAAGCUGACUAGCUAGGCUGGGUUGCGAGCUUGAAUUGUUUCUCAGCAUCAAAAUGAAGAGGCAGUGUUAGCCAUGUUAGCUAGUUUGUUUUGGUUUAAGCGACCAGUCUCUUUGCUCUUUACAGUUGUGUCGCUUUCUCUAAAACACACAAUUAGCUACUGUCAACAUUAGCUCUUCACGUUGAUGCCCAUUAAUUAUUUAAGCUGAUAAUCAACCUAGUUAAUUAGCUGGCUAGUAAUUACUGAGGUUAGUAAUUGUCCUGUAACUGUUUAUUUACAGCAGCAGCCUCUACUUGGUUGAUUAAAAAAUUACUUUUGCAUCGUUGUUGCUCUAGCUAACAGAAGCUAACUGCCUAGCAUUCUUGCUUAAGAAGCAGGAAGGCAUGUGAGUGACUGAAAGGUGAGCAGGCAGUGACAACACCACAUGUAUUAAAAUGUGUCCUGAAAUUAAAGAAUCACUUGGAAAAAAUGCCAAAUAAUUCAACACGGACUUUGGAAAUACAUUUCUCCAAUGUAAAAACAAAGAACUCCACUAAAACUGAAUAAUGAAAUAACAUUUCAUAGUAAUAACUUUAGUUUUAAUAAUUAGUAUUUCAUAAGUAAUUGGUUCAUGUAUAUAUUUUCGCAAUAUAUUCAAGAUUAAUUUCAUAAUGUCUUCUUAAUUUAUUUAAUGUUACUUAACACUUUGGCUUAAUUUGAGGACCCGGUCUAUUAAAACUGCAGUAUAGUUUUAUAACUUGAUUUACGUAUUUAUUUAACAAGGUGUACAACACACUGGUUAUUUUCGUCCACCGUCCAUUUCAUGUUCACAUCUCUGCUGUUGUCUAGAGUUCAGAAUAUCCACUGUAAAAACCUCCCUUUCAUGUCUGAUAAUUUUUUUUUUUUAUUAGACUGCUGUUAAGAUGAAAUUUAUACUGUUUCAAUUCAAAUGUAUAUUUUAUAAAUGAAACUGGAUAAGCAACAGAGUAAUUACUUCACUGGCUUAGACCAAGCUAUAUUCCUAAAUACGUUAGUGGAACAGAAAUACCAUUGUAUUUUAUAUUUAUAUGAUACCCUUGUACUAUUAAGAACAAUUUGAGUUUAUAUAAAGCUAUAUGUAAAGUUUUUUUUUCUCCUCCGGCUGUAAAGAAAUUAUUAAAAAUGAACUUUGAUCAUU